AUGAGUUCUUUAGUAAAAGUAUUUGAUAAUGUACCUGAUUGUGUUGGAUAUUUAAUUAUGAAUGAAGAAGGUUCAAUUGAACACAGUCAUGGUGAUUUAGAAAAUAAUGAAAAUGCUGCGAAUUUAAUUUAUAAAAUGGUACUAUGUGCAGCAAAAAUAAGUGUACAUCCAACAGAAAAAAUGUCGUUUAAACGAUUUACAGUUUCUGAUGAUCAAUAUGUUUAUUGUAUUUCAUGUGCAAGUCAACGAAUUUAUGUUGCUAAACGUCGGCAAGAAUCAUCUGCCAAUGCUUAA